GUCAAAAGAAGAAGAAAAAGAACCUAGCAUUUUGCCUGAAGAAUCUAAAGAAAGGAGGGGAAGGGAAUCACCAUGGUCACCAUUCUCAUCCAUUAUAGCUCCCCAAAUGCAGUCUUCUUUGGAAGAGCAAAUGCUAACGCUCAGUAUUGACACACCUCAGGAAAGUUAUGAAAUAAAUAAUACGUCACAAGAAACACAGUUCAUGGUUGAAUCGCAAUCUUUGGAUCACAUUAUAGGAUUUAUUGACUUACUCCAGCAGAACGAGCAAUUUACAACAGGUAAUUUCAUCUGUCAAAACUAUGAAAUGCAGUCAACAGAAACUUUUCCCCUCUAUUCCAGCGAAUAUGCUGGUAUCGACACAACUUUGACUAUGCCUUUUGUUGACACCACUAUGUCACAAUAUUUUAAUUAUCCUUCCGCAGAAGUCUUUCCUAUUGAAUCUAUUGAAUGCAAUAUCGCUUUGGAAACGGAAAAUUUAUUUAAUAUUUUAUUGAAAAAUACCAAUGAUGUAGUAUAA